CGUACUAGUUAACUGGAGUCGCUUAUGUUGUGCAGCGACCAACGGGAGUUUGAAGAAGAAGAAAAAACCGGAGGGCGGUGAAGUGUUUGUUUUCACAUUUCCACUGUGUUUACGUGAGGACUUCCAACUGGCGAAUCGCAUCAGUUCGCCCGGGGGUCAUCGUCAGCGACGACACUCUCUGCUCCCAUAACUGUUUAGAAAAUGACCGGAGAGAAGAUCCGCUCCCUGCGUAAGGACCACAGGCCGAGCAAGGACGAGGAUUUACUGGAGCCAGAGGAAGAGGCUGCAACAGGGACGUUCACCGCCUCCAAGACGAACAACAAGAGCAGGGCGAGUAAAAUCUUCAGCAAUCACAAGUUGAUCAAGUCUUCAUCCACUCAGCAGCAGCAGCAGAACCAACAGUCGCAGAUCAAUGCGAACACCAACACAUUGUCAACAUCGGAUGUUAUCGAUGAUGACAACAAAAACCCCAUUAUCCCAACCGGGCAGGACUUCCCGGUGCAUGAAUGUGUGUUCAAGGGAGACGUCCGACGCCUGUCCUCACUCAUACGGACGCAGAAUAUCGCCCAGAAAGAUAUCCACGGAAACUCACCCUUGCAUCUCGCCGUUAUGAUGGGGCACAAAGAGUGUGCCCACCUGCUGCUGGCCCACAAUGCCCUAGUGAAGGUGAAGAACGCUCAGGGAUGGAGCCCCCUUGCUGAGGCCAUCAGCUACGGAGAUCGACAAAUGAUCACAGCGCUGUUGAGGAAGCUGAAGCAACAAUCCAGGGAGACUGUGGAGGACAAGAGACCCAAGCUGCUGACAGCCCUCAAAGAACUCGGAGACUUUUACUUGGAGCUUCACUGGGACUUCCAAAGCUGGGUGCCUUUGCUCUCCAGAAUCCUACCUUCAGAUGCAUGUAAGAUCUACAAGCAGGGCCUCAACAUCAGAUUGGACACGACCCUGAUAGACUUCACAGACAUGAAGUGUCAACGCGGGGACCUCAGUUUCAUCUUCAAUGGCAAUGCCAUCCCCGCCGAGUCCUUUGUUGUGCUGGACAACGAACAGAAAGUCUACCAGCGGAUACACCAUGAGGAGUCCGAGAUGGAGACAGAGGAGGAAGUGGACAUACUGAUGAGCAGCGAUGUUUACUCUGCAACUCUCUCCACCAAGUCCAUCACCUUCUCCAGGGCGCAGACCGGCUGGCUGUUCAGAGAGGACAAGACGGAGCGCGUGGGAAACUUUCUGGCCGACUUUUACUCUGUGAACGGCCUGGUGCUCGAAUCCAGGAAGCGACGGGAACAUCUGAGCGAGGAGGACAUCUUGAGGAACAAAGCCAUCAUGGAGAGCCUGAGCAAAGGAGGGAAUCUCAUCGAGCAGAACUUUGAGCCAGCGAGGAGGCAAUCUCUAACUGCCCCUUCUCUCAACACUGUUUCCUGGGAAGAAUACAUCACUGCUGACAUUGGAAAAGCUCCUCAUCUGGGAAGAGAGCUGGUCUGCAAAGAGAGCAAGAAAAACUUCAAAGCAACGGUAGCCAUGAGCCAAGACUUCCCACUGGGCAUCGAAUCGUUACUGAAUGUUCUGGAGGUCAUUGCCCCCUUCAAGCACUUUAAUAAACUCAGGGAGUUUGUUCAGAUGAAGCUCCCUCCUGGCUUUCCUGUCAAACUGGACAUCCCUGUCUUUCCUACGAUCACAGCCACCGUGACGUUUCAGGAGUUUCGCUAUGAUGAGUUUGACCAGUCCAUUUUUACCAUUCCCAACAACUAUAAAGAAGACCCCAGCCGCUUCCCCGACCUUUAACCUCUUCAGCUGGAACAGGAAUGUGCAACAAGGGAACAUUAUGCUACAAAAAAACUACUUUCCCAAUGACAGACAGGGAAAAUAAAUAGCGGUAAUUGUUCCAUCAGUUGAUGGAUUUGUAUUGCCCACCACAUCAACCCUGAACACAAGCAGCAACACGGCAGCCAGAGAGACAAACAGGACUAAAAUGGCGUCAUCCGAACUGAUGGAGGCCCACUGAGGCAGCGAGGUCGAAAUCUCCCGAUAGGAACGAGGUGUUUUGAAGCUCAAUGUUGCAGGUUUCUACUCUCUCCUUCAGAUUUAGUUUAAUCCGGCAGCCGAGGCAGGAAAUGCAACGAAUGUGGAGGUGAGAGGGCGUUGAAGUUGAAGUUAGUGACAUCCGGGACAUAAGCAGAAGAAAGACAAUCGGUUGAUGCUAUGUUUUUCAGUAUGUAAGUAAUGUUUAUAAAGGGAAUGUGUUUAACUGACCUGUAGUAAAGCACUGUGUGAGAUGUGGGGGAGGAAUUCCACCAAAAAUGACUUUCUAGGUCCUUUUUCCUUCUGAAGAAAACUUAAAAAAGGUGGGAUAUUAGAUCUGAAGUCAAUGUGACAUAAACCUGUAUAUAAUCUAAUGCCCACCUGUUAGACAGGUGUGGAAGAGAAUACAAUCACUACUUUUUGUACACUCAAUUCCCAAAGAUGUAAUGCCACUUGAAAUUCACAACACUGAAAAUGAGUUUUUGAAUAUGUUAAGUGAAGUAGUGUCUUUUGGAGGCAAAAGCCCUGAAAAUCACUUUUUGCAGAAUUCCUUAAAUUGUGUGUGUGUGUGUGACAUUGAUUGUAAAGGGCAUGGAGUUGCAUCACUGACCUUUUGGGCACUAAUAAGAUCCAUAACAGCCACUCUACAUUCAGUUGAGUUUAUCAACACUCAUUUUGUAAUACACCUUUAAUCCUGCAUUUUAAAUAUUAAAGUUUAAUUUGACGGUAGUUUAGUUUUUUUAAUGGUACCACAAAGUCUUCUCAUGUUUUAUGGCGUGACAGCGCUUGCAAGUAAUAAUGUCCACGCCUUUUGUUUCUUACGACACCUUUAAACUUUACAAUCAUGCUGAAAUAAGUUAACUUUGGGUUGUAUAGUGGGUACAUGUUAGGGAAUGAAUGAGUGACUUCAACAUUCAUGCCAUUUCUACAUCAUAACAAAAACCAGGCUUUUCAUAACGCAUGUAAAUAUACGUUUUAUGAACUUUUUGUCUUUUAUGUUCUCUUUUAUUCUUCUUUGUGUUUGUGAUUUGAAGACGUCCUUUUUUAAGAAUAUGAAGCGCCACAAGUUAAUCGAAAGUUUGUGCAUUUUUUCACGUGGUGGCAGUUGCUAUUUUUGUAAAUACUUGACAUGUUUUCAAGAAAAAAUAAUCUCUUAAUUCUUUGUCAUUAUCUUCCUUCCGGUUAUGUCUGAUAAACAUCAUGAACCUCCUCCAGUUGUGAUGAACAAACAAUCAGCGUCACAGGGGGAAAAGCACAAAGCAUCCAAAGUCCAGGUGUUGGAUGGAAGUUAUUUGUUUAUAGCUGCUGCUAUGGUUGAUUAAUUAUGUCGAUACCUACAGGUGUUGUGCUCAUGUUUCUUUGUUUGUUUGUUAACUUGCCUGCUCCUGGAGUUUUCAAAUGAAGGUGUACACAGAUGUGGUAGCUCUGUGUUGUCAGAACAAUUGGCUUUGUUUAUUUUCUUUUUACUUUGACUGGCCUUAUUCAGUAUAAUCAAACAUAGUACAUUUCAUUUUAUACACGUCACAUUCCUCCAUAUGGGCAAGAGCCGCGAACACAACUGGAAGUGAGCCUCCUGACUGACAUAUGACAUCACUAUACGUUUUAGUUCACACUCCUUCCGGUUUUCAGCUGCUUGAGGUUUCCAUGUUUAGGUAGUAAAUGUAUCAUUCAUCUACAACAUGGUCAUUGUACAGCAAAGACUGUUGUAUAAGUCUGCAAAACUAUUUUCAUAAAUUUUACUAACAUUAAAAUUCCACAUAUCUGAAA